AUGAAAGGAAUAUUCGAUGGAAGACAUCUGGGGAAAAAUAAAAAAGAAAUUAUUUUAAAAAUUAAAAAACAAUUACAUUUAAAAAAUUUUGGGUUAAUUAAUGAAGAAUGGAAAGACAAAAUUGAAGGGGAUAAAAAGAAAGAAAUUUUUAAAAUUUUAUUUUUUGAGGGGGAGGAAGGAAAUGUUAAUGAUAUUGUUAAAUUAAAUGAAGAUUUUGAAUUAUGGGAAAAAUAUAAAAAACAAAGAGAUUUGGGUAUAGUGAAUUAUUUUUUUGAAAAAAAUUAUUAA